AUGAGGACCAAGUUUUGGAAACUGAUUGCACAGAUCUUUCUCUUGGGAGUGUUGCUCUCUGUGGUGGACAGCAAAGGAACUUUCUAUGGAGGCCCGGUCAAUCCUUUCUAUGGGAACAGAUACCACCUGUACAAGACUGGACUCAACCCUCACCACUCACCAAACAAGCCUAUGAGCCGCCACAAGUAAGUGCUGUGUUUUUGGCCUUGUUACAGGCGCUAAUGCAUGUUUUUUUCCCUCCCUCUCAUCCUGGAGGGGAUUGAAUCCAAAAAGCAUUCCAAGCAGGACCCACCUCAUACUGUAUUUCCCCUGAGAAACACAUGUCACCGGCGAGUUGCGGAGAAAAAUAUGGUUUGGGUUAGGGGCAUCGCCGUGGUAACAGAUCCUUCAAUUGACUCUCUGUUUCUCUCUUACUCACCAUCAGCUCUUUUCUGUGGUUCACACCUAAAACCAUCUGUGGCUGAGGGAUAAACAUUAUGGAGCAACAAUGACAUGCUGCGUAAUGAAAACAAAGCCUUCAUUAUAGUCUUUAUGGUGCAGUUAGGGGGGGUGCUGAGUCGAUGACAACAGUAUUGAUCCCUUACAGGCGUUGUAAGUGUGUAUGUUUGGUGGGAGGGGGGCUCAAUUAGACGCAGGACUGACAGCACAGCUGGGGACCUGCUGCUCAAAGGGAGUGGUGCAGCUAAUCUCUGAUCAAUGUCAAAGAGAAAAACACUGUGGUCUCAAGUGGGUUUGUAUUGAAAUUGCACUUCUUCUACCAAAAUCUUCCAGUGUCAACAAAAGGAAGUGACACAUCCUCAGUUAUUGGUUUACUAAUAUUGUCAGGACAGUCAAACCCCAUGAGUAUAAGGCAGUAAUGAUCCCAAACUAUGCAUAGUAUUUAAAAGGCAUGAAUCCGUGAGAUAAACCAGAGUUAAGUCUUGCAGAUCUGUUUUGCCUGGAAAGAGAUGGCUCUGUGUUUGGCCUGCAGGGCUGUUGCAGUUUUUUUUUUUUUUUUUUCCCUCUUCCUUUCCCCCCGUCUCUUUUUUGCUUGGCUUCCUCUGAGAGCUGUUAUGUCUUUGGACAGCUCCCCAGCUACCUGCUGCUUCACUCAAACUGCCACAGAGCACCCCUGAUCGCCCAGCCCUGCUCAGUCUGCCAUGCACCCCUCUCCUCCGGGGAGCAGGCUCUUUUGGCUACGCUCCUGCUGAGUACGACACGGUUGGCCCCCACCUUUCACCUACAUCGUAACCUUCUUCCAUCCCAAAUUCAACACUUUUUUUCCUCAGUUUGGGGGAAAAAUGAUCAGUAUUAAGUCAUUUUACUCGACAGUUUGAUUGCACCACUGCCAAACUGAAGGUGUCUUCCUUUGAGACUUGAUAUCCACUUUAUCAGCAUCUCUGUCAUGCUGCACUCAGAGCCAGGAGUCCUAUCAUCAUAGUGAAAUCACAGUAUUCAUGCUUGAGAGCUUGGCUGGCAACAUGUUAUUGGAAAAACCUCAAGAUUUCCCUCAAAACAUGGCUCAUCGGUGCAUUACUCUUAGGAGUAAAUGUGUACAAUUAUCAGAUCACAUAUUGCAGUACUUGGCUGCAAAAAAGCAAUUUUAUUCAUUGAUAAGCAAUGCCAAAACACUGAUCUCAAUAGCGCUUUUGCUGCCAUUAUUUCCUGUUAUCCCUCUGUGUGUCCAUUUCCCUUUGCAGUGAUCAGCUGCUUUGUCUAAAAAUGCUUUAUCUGCUUUGUUUUUGACUAAGAAAAUCGUAAAACAGUCAAUAAAUCUUCUUAAAGUAUUAAUAGAAGCUCAAAACCUGGAAAGUACACCUUUAAAAAAACAAGUGUAGUCAGUUUGUCCUCCAUACAGACCUUUGCCCUUGUUGCUAAUAAAGUUUACAUUAGAUGUCCUGCACCCUCCUGAUUUUGAUCGGUCUGUAGUGGAGAAGUCACAUUGUACAGCAAAGUGGUGAUCCAAAAGUUGAACUAUUUCCAGCUGAGAGCUCUGAGAGGGCUGAACGCGCAGAGAGCACCGAGAGCCCAGGGCAUGAAAAAAAACAGCUGAUGCCGAGGAAGUUUUUGAGCUUAGGUUGCUGAGCUCUGAAAACGCUGACCUGCAAUGGUUUUUGUAUGGAAAAUAGGUGCUGCCAGUGCAAGAACAGUGUAAAUGAACACAGGCCUUUACUCCUCAUAUUUCAGAUUGAACUUUAGUUUUAGUUUUCCCUUAUCCAUAUUAAUUUUAAUAUCAGAUUCAUGUGCUUUUAUAACUUUUUUAUUGAGUAUUUCAUAUCAAACACUUGACGCAAAAUUAGACACGACCGCAUCUAAUAUCUCCUCUCAUCUGUUAUGUUUGCACUGCUGUUCUUGUCUCCUAUGUGGGUGGCACAUGACAGCCGCAUCACUUUACUCUCUGACAGUGAUGCCAAAAAAGUCUAUUUCUAUUCAUCCUCUCCAUUUGAUACCACACACAUUAAAUCUGGACCCCAAGAUUAAUAGAUUAGCCAGCCGUUAUGGAUCAUCUAAUCUGAACUAAGUGAUCAGCGGAGACAGAUGGUCUCACUUGUUGUUGGUAGCUGCUUCUGUUCCCCCCACAUGUCUCUGUGUCCAACUAUAGUGUUUAUACAAGCACUGCUGACCCAUCUUGGACACAGUGGGCCCCGAGGACGUGUCAGUGUCAGACCACCACCGCAGAUACAUGAGCUCAGUUGUUGUGGCCUAACUGGUCAGUGGAAAUAGAGACUUAAAAAUAACACUCGUGCCAUGACGUGUGCUUGUGUGUGUGUGCGCUUUUGUGUUCACAGUGCAUGUGUGUUGAUUUGUUUAUGAGUAUUUUAGUGAAGGAUACACCCCAUGUGUUUUUACAGCUUGUAAAUACAAACUUUUGUUCUAAUACUGACCACACAGUCACGUUGAGAAGGCAGAGGACGCUCAUGCUCUUUCUUUGUUGAGACAUUUGAACAAAUUCUCAGCUGUCGGUGCACCUCAGAGUUUUUUUUUUUCUUCAUGUCAAAUUAUUAUCUGUGUUUUGGCAGCAGUGUCAGUGAUUUGAUUUCACAGUCAUUCCUUUCACUCAGUACAACCACAUGCUGCAGAGAGAAAAUAUGUUGGCCUCUCGCCUUUUAGUCACUGAUUGUGACAUAUUAGACAGUUACAAUACUCUACCUGUCACAGUUUUAUUUCAGAGAAGGUUAUAUAUGACUGGAGCUAUAAAACUAUGCAGGAGUAGUUAGGUUGGGAAUUUCUGGAGUGUGUUGAGGUAAGGCUUUGGAAAAAAAUGGCACUGCUAUUGUUGCACAACUUUUACUUCAGAGCUGAUAUUUCUGACAUGACAUCUUUACCCCCAAGAGUAACUGAAGGGAAGGAAAACAGCAGUAACAAUGAUUUUAUCUAGCAGUAUGUUGCACCAUUACAUGCAAAAACAACACAUCAACAGGUGAAACAUAAUCCCUAGGCCUUCGACUCAUCCCUGGGAAAUGGCUGAAUAAAUCAAUUAUGGUCCCAGCAGAUGCCUCAUGUCUUCACUGAUCAGAUUAAAGACAUAUCCAACGGCUUUUCUCUGAUGUAUUGGACAGAGAUCAAAGGGGAAAGGUCAGCGAGUUUGGUAGAGGUCAGAGGUUAUGGGUUGGUGUUGUAAGUUUGCGUUGAGUGUCCAGUGGAGGACAAGAAUGGAGCCAGUCUCCUGCUAAGGGUCACAGAGAGUGGGCAGUAAAUUCCCAAGCUCCCUUCCCACCACAAGUCUGCGUGACCUCUUUGACUAAAUGUUUGGUUUCUUCAAAUAUACCCCAAGGAGUUUUAAAAUGGUUAUGAAAAAAGUCAAUUUAUAACAAAGCAGGCAAAGCUAGACAACUGACAAGGUUUAUAUUGGUAUUGCUGACACAUUUUGCUGCUUGGACAGGGUCCGAUUCUGAUUAAGACAAGUGGAAUGUGCAGUUUGCCAAUCAACUUUUACAGUAUAAAGAAUAUUAAAAGACUUAAUAGAAGCAGAAUUGAAUUUUUUAAAUGGAGAGCAGUACUUAAAAUAUCUACAAAGAGAUAGGACAUACUGAUUUCUUCAUGACGGCAGCUGAAAUUGACACAUUAAGAAGACUCCUGAGACUUGAGCUGCAUAAGCUCGUAGUAAACACAGAUUUUAAUUCUCUGAAAUGAAGACAGUUGAUUCAAUUAAAUAUCAAGCCAAACAGCUUUUUACUUCUGUCAGGUUGUCAUUUGAACAAAUGGCUUUGUUGCAGCAUCUAUAAAAAUCUUAAACUAUUGUGACUUGGCGACUUGCAUCCAACCAACAAUCGCUAGGUUAUGAGAAGGGGAAUUCAUUGAUUGGUUGACUGAUAUGACUUUCCCUGUUAUCCUCACUGAACACUGAUGAACUCAUGUUAUAGACAGUGGUGUAUAUGUUAUGAAAAUCUCCAUGCUGUUCUGCUUGAAGGUCGUGCAAAAAAGUGUCUACAUGUACCAGCAUGCAAAUGCAUACAAGCAUCCACAGCCUCUGCCUCACUUCAUGAACUUCUUUUGGACCAAGAUGGAGUACUCCACACUAAAAACCAAAUUAGCCUGAAAAGUGCUGACUGCAGAUCCUUUAGUGUGUCCACUUGGGACUGGCUCCAACAGAGAAUGGAUCUCCUUGGACGCCCAUUCCUACAGCAGAUAAAAAUAUGUUUACAGCUUGGCACAAAAAUGGCUUUGGUCUGAAUUGCCCGUCUCUCCAUUUGUACUCAUACUAACAUUUUACGGUUUAUUGGCUGACUUGACUGACUCGCAGAGACAUUGAAGCUGCUUGCCAGAAGGUUAAAGACCGAGCUGAACUCUUCCUCUUUGCCUCGUACAGGAUGGACCAAAAACUAUCAGUAUUUCCAACACAGCAACUACCACUGAUAGGCUUUUAAAACCAACAGGGGACUCUCUCGCUCUCUCUAUGUCCAUGUUUUGGACGUACUGUAUAUUCUGGCUGGAAUCAACAAGGCUUCUCAAGCCAACCCAAACACUAUAAAAUGUGUGUCCUCUGUUAAACAUUGUCUACACUCAUAACUUUGGCUGCAGUUUUACUGUAUGAAUCAUAAUUUUACAAGUGAAUUACAGACUUACAAGCUGCAUUAGGGUGUUGAGCUAUUCCCCACGGACACAGAGAAUAUCAACAUCAUUUUCAUUCAAUAUACAUGAGUAUAGAUUCACAUAUAAAGGCCUCAAAGUCAUGGUGAGUGCAAACUAGGUAAAGAUACCUCAUUCAGUUUUAUUUUCCCUUUCUGAGUCCUCAAAUGGUUUCAAAAUACAGAGCUCGUGAAAAAUGAUGUCCACUGAAGAGUCCAGUACUGAUCAGUUUUCAGGAGCUACUGUGUCUCUCCAAACACUUGGAGUUAGAAACAGAUCUAGUCGAAGUAGCAGUCCUGGUUUCCCUUUAUAAAGCGCUUUAUAAAUAUUCAACAGGUGCUACUGCUAUCUGAAAAUAUUUUCUGUAAUAGAUUUACUGGUACAUUUGAAGAAUAUUGCUGUAGUUCAUAUAAUAUUUAUCUUCUGUGCAGCACAUUGAGCCUAACAAAAGUACAAUUCUGUCCCCUAACCCUUUUAUUUUCACAACACAGAGAGCUAUUCUUACUUAAAGAAGAUUAUGCGCUUUAGGAAAUGCCUGAGGAUAAUAUAUUGAUGUGUGUUUUUCACUAAUGUUAUUUUAGCCUCUGACUGUACACCAUGAGAAAAAUAGAGCAAAACAAAACACACAGAACAUGUGACUUUUGUAGUCAUCAAGUUUUGUUUUUCUUUUGCGAGCAGUUUCCGAAAACCUACAUGGUUUCAUUUCCGAGGUUUGGAGGCUGAUGGCCAACAUUUGAGCAUGCAAAAGUAAUAUUCUGCCUUCGAACUACAAUAACCAGAGCUGGGAAUGAAUAACAGUGAACUCCCUCAGUGCUGGAGUUUAAAGAAUCACAUCUUUCAUUUAACCCUAAUCAGAAACCACAAGAGCAACGUCAAUCAGUUCUGCACAAGGGUUGCUUGAAGACAGGCCAGUUGGCUGGAAAGAGGUUUCAUUAAAAGCGUAUAUAUGGAAAGAGAUGAUCCCUUAGGAGAGUUGCAAGCCCAUAGACACGGUUGUUAAAGGUCCUAUUAAAGAUUGCAUGGCUCUUUAUCUGUCCUGCUGUGGUCAUAAAUCUGUCAGAGGCACCAGCAGUGGCCCGGGUUCAAACAGUCAGGAACCCUGCAGGUGAGAGAGCAGUAAGUAAUGAGAGAGGUGAGGCCUGUAGAGCCGCAGCGUCAUAACAAUGGAGGGAAGAGUGGUGGGGUUAGGGGGCUUGGAAAAGUCAGGGUCAUGAUGAGGCAACACAGAGGGGCUUCAUUUUAAAUCAAAAGGGGGGGAAAAGAACACAAAGCUUGAGCGAUAGAAUUAAGAGCAGCGCUGCUGUGCUCAGAUAAGUAAACAGAGAUUACCUCCACUUUGCAGAUUGUGCAGAAAUAAAAGGAAAAAGCAGGUUAGCAGGAAAAAAGAGUUUAUAAGGUGAGUUGUUUUGGGUCCAGGAGAGGGUGGAGGUCCAGCAGCAAUAAUAUUUGCCAAAAAACGCUCCGCAUGAGAAUCUGAGAUGGGAAUUCCUCUUUCCCCCCGGGAGGCUGCGAAGCGAUUUUAGAGAUGUAACGCUAUACUGGAAAUAUUUACAGUGGGACCAGAGCAGCAGUCAAAUAAUGACACACUGAAAUGACAGCAGAGGACGAUGUUUUAGGGGUCGAAAUCAUGAAGUUUGAUGGAGGAGAGUGUUGCUUUCGUGCCUUGAUGGAAAGAGGUGGUGAUUUGUUUUGAAACUGGUCGAGGAGUCAGAGAGUUAAGGUCAGGUGACAGUGAGAUGUGCACGUGAGCGUUAAAUCCACCGAUGAAUUUAAAUAUGUGUUAUGUCAGUUGGGUUGGGUAGUUUAGAAAGGGUGUGGAUUAUCUGGAGACGAGUUUUUUUUAAUUACUUAGGGUGUUUUCUUGCUUUUUUACAACAGGAUUUGACAUGUAACUUCCUUACAACAUAAUCGAAAUAUUCUGUUCUUGAAAAAAGUGUGCAGAAAUAUUAGAAAUAUCAUCAGAUAUACUAAUACUGCAGUUUCAGACAGAUUCACAGAAAGCUUAUUUGCAACUCCAAUUUGAAAGCUUGACAACUAUAGACAGCUGUGGCAUUUGUAGAUAGAUUUUGUACCUAGAUGUUUGGUUAGUUACGGUUAGACAUUUUGAUGAAUUAGAUGUUACAGCGUAAAGGUCCCACACAGUCAGCUGAACUCCAGCGGUCAAUAGUUUGGGGUGAAACAGCAGUGCUCUCACAUUCUUCCUUGGUGAAUUGAACUGAACUUGAAACUCAACUUGGACAAGAAGUUUGGCAACUCGGUUACAACACUGUUCUCAUCAGCUAGCUUAAAUUUUUCAACAAUUGAAUAAGUAAUUGCCACCAAGAUUUAACGGCGAACAUGUAAACAUGAGAAAUCCACGUUAAUGAUUUCAUUGUUUCUUUUUAAGAUGAUUACUUUGGCUUUCAUCUCAAAGCACAGCUGUGCUGAAGUUCAGCCUCAGAGCUGACAGCAUGGCUGUGGGCUGAUAGGAUUUAUACAGGUGACUUCCUAUUCCUCUGACCUCCAUCUGUACUCUGUUUCUCAACCACUCAGGUGGGGCUUUGAACAGAUGCUCUUCUAACUCCCAAGGGCAAAGUUAAAGUUUAAGGUCAUCAGGCCUUUUUCACGUCACUGCCCCUAAGUUCAGAAAUAAUUCACCUGACACUCUUUACAUCUUGUUUAGAAAUAAUUAUUGCAUCUUUUAGUACUUAGUCAGAUCACAUCUGAUAUAACAAAGAUGUGCAGAUGUCUGCUAUGUUCAUGUUACCUCCAUGAUUGCAAAUCUGUGGUUUGUUGGCUGAUACAAGCUGUUCCUCAGUGUGAGUCAUAAAUAAAGUUGACUCAACCUGACUGACUUUUACUGUCUGGCUCUUACUUGGUUAUCCUGUAAGGGCCAGGCACUCCCAUCUGUCACCAGUGAGUGCUAAAACAAACAUCAGAAAGUAUUUAUACAGUCUAAAACAGUCUCCACAUUGGUAAGGAUGAGGUGUGAAAAUAACUCAGGGAAGUCCCCUUAUCUUUAUUUCUUCCUAAGAGUCAAGAUUAGUGACGUCUCAGUCGAGCCAGACACCUUGAAAUCAAGUUUCCUCUACACUACAGCACCUGGAUUUUUCUCAUGUUAUUCUGUCAGUAGAGCUUGUUAUAUCUCUGUCCUGCAGAGCUGUGCCGUCUCUAUGGAUGUAACAUAAAAGGGGAAAAAAAAGGAUGAAUUGCAGGUGUUUUAUUAGAGUGUUUAAGUGCUGGUGUAGCUCACAAACUAUAACUAUAUCUCUUGUCUUGUAACUCCACAUUCAUCCGUACAGAUCAGCAGAAAAGGUGACCUGCAGCUGCCCUGACUGUCAUUGUGACACAAGGGGACAGGAUUUAUCACAGCGCUCCACUUUGAUUCUCACAAAGCCAAAACUCCUUUAGACUGUACGACACCGAGGAUAAAAUAUCACUCACAGACCUAAAUGACAUUGACAGAUCUGUGAAAACAGGCUAAGGGUGUAGAGGGAGAGGGGGAGGCCGAAACAGAGACCUGGAGAGUGUUUUUUUUCUUCCCCCUGUACAUCUGGAUUUGUGAACUUCUCAGACAUCGUGUGUGACUCUGAAGGUCAUCGGCUCCCCCCAGAUGUGCACCUGACAAACAAAUCGGCGAACAUGGUCACUUUUCACUCCACUGAUCAGCUCUGCGUGUAACGUGAGAGGGGUCUCACUCUUACUGUACUGUAUACACAGACAUACCCAUGCUCUGAGUCUGCUCUCCAUCAGCUGUCAGAAACCUGUGUGCCUGUUGGGGCUUUUUCUUACCCUCAUAUACACAAAAUAAAGUCAGAAUGCCUCUAUUUGCAGACAAUAACUGCAUGUACAUGAGUGGUGAGCACUUUGAAAAACUUCAUUUUCUGUACAGAGUUUAUUGCAGAUUUCUGGAAUAGGUUAACUUAUUGACAAUAAGUUACAAGCAGGUUCAUUUUCAAUCUAAGGGUCAUAAAAUGUUAGAAAUAACCACCCCAUGAUGCAGAUUUGUUAAAAAUAAACAAAUGUAAUGCAGGUAACCAUUUCUAAUGCACUUUUCCUUGACUAAAAAUGUAGGGAAAUGCAUACAUACAUUCAAACUUGGGUGAAUUGUGCAUUGGGAUAGCUGCUGUCGAGUUAUUUCUUUUAGCAAUAUCAAUCUUAAUCCAGUCACAUCAGUGUUAAAAUCCCCUUUAUUAAAGUGUCAUCACUUCUCUUCAGGGAUCUCUCUCAUUAUCAUUAAAAAUAUAUAUGUUUAUAUUGUUCAAACAGAGGAGAAAUGCACAAUUUUGUUUGUGGCUCAAGGCUCUGUGUGUUCUAGGAGUGGCAGAUGAGUGCAGAGGGAGUGACUCGUGUUUACCCCCCCUCAGGGAUUGUAAAGAGAAGAGCCUGCAGGUUUGACUGCGCAAAGAAGGCAGAGUUGAAACCACAGUGUAAAUAGACUGAGCAGAAAGAGAGUGCAAAUUCUGUCUGGAGAUAUUGUAAAACAUGUCUUUGAGUCGUGCUCAGGAUUUAUUUCAUGUCAGAAAAUAUUCUUUCCAGCCACAUUUUCUUCUCUUUUUUUCUAUAGCAAGUAUUUAAGUGCUUAAAAAGCUCCCAUCCUACCACAUCAGUUCAGGUCAUAACCACCACUUCCUUACCAGCGCUUGACCUCGCAGCAGGUUUUAAGGCUGGUAUGAAAGGAGCUCUGUCAGUCAGACUCCUGCCCUUUUCCUUCUAUUAACAUAUGUCAACACAGAGAGAGAGUGGUGACACAAACACACACACAUGCAGACUCACACACAAACACUGUCAAUGAUUUGCAGGGAGCAGCGGCGGUACAGCGGUUUCUCACAGGCUGUCCCGCCUGUUAGCUCUGUGAACCUGCUAACUUGGCAUGCAUGCUGGCUCUGUUCGGCCUUUGUGUCCCUCCUCGCUCCUUCAGACACUUCUAUUUGUCCUGAAACAGCUGUUGAGCAACAUUUAAGUCCCGCAUGUGUUGCUAAAUGCUCCCCCCUGAAUGUAAGAAAUGCUUCACAUGUGAGUCUAAAGAGCACAGAUCAUCAUUUCCUGUGGUGCAGAGGGGCCAGGGAAACAUUUAACAGUUGCUGUAGCUGCACUGGCAGUGAAAGGGAGAGAUGGUCCUGCUCCAGCAUGAUGCAACAACCGCGCAAAGUAUUAUUAUAGUGAAGUUAUUAUGUGUGGGAUUCUGGAUAUCUGAGCAGGUCUGAGAUUGACAACAGUCUCAGUUACGUAAGUUAUUUCUUUAAUGAUCAUAAGUUAUCAUUUUGAGUUAAUUAAUAUGCCAAUUAGAAAUGUGUUUUAAGUUGGUAGGGGACUAAAUUUAAAGAAACCAUCCUCUGACAUUAUUCUGAUUGGUGUAUUUCAGAUAUACGGCAUUAAACAGAGCAUCCAUGGGUUAAUCCGAUGAGUCAACAGGAGAGUAAAUCUUUUGUAUCAGAUGAAAAAUUUGUCAGAAAGAAGCGAUCUCAACACCCAGCUCGAGGUGGAGUCACGGCAGUGUUUCAAAGAGAAAUAUCAGGGGGAAGAUAAAGUGUUAUUUUAUGAGCUGUUUACUUAAAAAAGUGAAAGCAUGUUAUUUCUCAGAGAAGAAACUGUCCUUUUAUUCCUCUAAAACAUGAAAUGUUGCAAUGAUAAGUCAUAAAAAAUGAAUUGUUUGUCUGAUAUCACUGUGCAAUAACUCACAGAUGCUUCAGGGUCACAUCUCAAUAUCAUUUUACUUUGCCUCAUCACUGUGACUUUAGCAUUUAUUAUCAUAAUGAACUGAGAGUCUUAUGCCUUUAUAUGGUGGUGCUGAUUCAUUCAUAUCAAUAAGCCAUUCAUUUAGACAGAAGACAGUAUCUGCAGCUGUAGUAUUUGCAUGUCAUCCAAUACAAGCAUGAUGGGAAAGGAGGCGUGACGGCCAAUACAAUAUAUAGCUAUAUGUAGAGUAUAGUUAUGAAUUAUGUAUACAUUGCAUCAGUUCAGUAUUGCAGUGCAUGUAUAUUAAUGUGCCGACAUGUGUCCCUCUGCUGUCUCCAUAGAAACCACUGCGCCUAUGUGGUCCAGAAGAACAUCACAUGCAUCAUGCAGGAUGGAGUGGCUACCUUUGUGAAGGCUGAGUACACCACUAAGUGCAUCUGGGGUCAGAAGUGUCCUGUUGUCAUGUAAGUUGUCAAAGAAAUCAACAUAGUGAAUUAAAUGAAAAAGAAAACAGUAAAUUCAGUCUUAGUCAUGUUGAGUUUGGUUAUAAGUUUUAAAAUGUGUCACCAAGUUUCAGUCAGCAAAUGCAGAACACAGACUUUAUACCAAUGCCGCCCUCUAGUGCUCACAAAAUGUGCCCUCUGUAUUAUUAUAUGUAGGCCCACAGCUGCAUGCACAGCUGUGUUUGUAGUCAGAGGUAUUCUGCAGACAGACAUCACUGGGGGGGAAUGGUGCUAAUUCAGAUCUAGUAAAAAUAUCACAUAUUUUUGGCUGCUACUAUUACGAACACUCAAGAUGCUACAGAGUUCCUCCUUGUUUAUGAUUCGUGGUCUAUUGUGCUCCUGCCUCACACCUUUACACUCAACUUUAUAAAAAUAUGCAUCACACACGCACAAAAAGGUUACAAAAUAACUUUUGUGUGAUAGAAAUUUAGAUCCAAAAUACUGCUUGACCUUUAGUAGCACUUAACCUUUUCUUUAUUUACUGCAGCCAAAAGCAAGGGCAGAGUGGAAAUUAAAGGGGCGGGAUUAACCGGUCAAUAUAAUGAAUUUGGGUGUUUGUGAAGCAAAAAGAAAACAACAACAACAAUAUAAGAAAGAUUUACAAUCUAAUGGAAAUACAGCUUUAAUGAGAUAACACUGACUUUGGAUGCUGACCGUGGUUCAGUCCUCACCAUUUACGUUACAUUUAUCUUAAUCUUCUAAUCUCCCACUAAUCCACAUGUAAUCCCAUCAAAAACAACUUCAUCCCUUUAUCUCUCCACUGCAUGUUCCAUCUUCCCAUCCCCUGCCCAGACUAUGCGCUCCUCAUUUGUAAAAACAAAAGCAGCAUUUCUAAUACAGACUCAUGACAAGCUUUGUUCUCAUGUUGGCCUCAGGUAUCGAACCUUCUACAAGCCAAAGUACAAGGUGGGCUAUAAGACAGUGACAGAGAUGGAGUGGAGGUGUUGUCCCGGCUUCUCUGGAGAAAACUGCUAUGAUGGGCCCACGUCUCUGCCUGAUGUCAUGGUGCCACCUUUCAAGGGUCAGGGUUUGCCCCAUCGCCCAGGGGUGAAAGGCUUCCCUCAUGGCCCCAGACCACCUGUGGAUCAUAAACCUGGAGGAGGCCAGCUGGAGCCUGGAAGACCUAUCCCAAGCACUCCCGACCAAAGACCAAUACCCACUGGACAGCUGCCUACUGGGAGUGGAAAACCAAACUAUGGUAAGAACAAACCAAUUAAAGUAAAGCUCUGGGGAUUUGAACCUGCCCUACUGCAUGUUUUCGAGCACCUGGUUAAGCAUGUGUCCUUUCUGUUUGAUCCAGGGAACAAAUUUGGGAUUUCAGGAGUGACCGGAGAGCGUUUAGAUCGCAUGGAGGAUGAUCUACGCCGGCUCACUCAGGGUUUUGACACUCUCAAUGGAGUGGUUGCUGGCCUGGAGGAGAGAUUGCGCACAUCACUGCGGGAAGACACGAACAAAAUCCUGGUGUCUUUGAUACCAAAUGGUCCUCGUGUUCCUGACUCUACAGUGGGAUUUGGAGUGAUCCCAGAUGGGACUCCUGAUGGAUUGGAUGGAGGAGAAAGCUUUACGGGUUUAGGAGACUUGGCAGGAAGAGUUACAGAAGUGAGAGAUGAGCUGCGAGCCAAGACUAACAUCUUAGAGGAGAUAAAGGUACAGAUUUAGCUUGUUGAUCAGGUCUUUGUCUUCCUUUUUCUUCUUUCGUUUUCACUAUUUUUUUCCCUCAUUUGUGCGUCUUUAGGUGAUGGUGCUAGGUCAUGAUGGCCAGCUGAAAAAACUGUUGGAUGGAGCGAGAGGUAAGCCCAUCCCUGGUCCUGGCUCCACCGCAUUAAUAGACGAGAUCCUGGAUGCAAGGCUAGCUGAUGUUCGCGCUCAGAUCUUGGAUGGCUUUGAGCGCCGUCUGACCGGUCUGGAGAACCACUGUGACUCCAGAAUUGGGGAGGUGCAGAAGCAAUGCCACAAGGAGCACAUGGAUGGCCAGGAGCAGAUGCAGCAGUCUUUGGAUGGAAGAGAGACAGGGAUAAGGGAGGAGUUGGGAUCUUUGCAGGCUCAGAUCCAGGGCCUUACCCUUACUGAGAGCUGCUGUGGACAGGUAUGACAAAGAGAGGAUUGCCACAUGGAUCACACAAGUUAUGAAGCAAUAUUUCACUUGAUUCUUGUGACUCAUGUGGCCAAACAGCCCUCUAUGUAUUUUCCCUGCACUUUUUCAAAUGUCACUGUUCAAGAAUCAUGGGAAAUAUAAAACAGGCCGUUCCCACAGAAACCAGUAAUUCACCUUAUCAGACUCCAGCCCUGUGGCAGAAGUUUCAAUCAUUGCAUAACAAUAUUAUAAUGAUCAGUCUAGGCUAGUUACUAACCGUCUUGUUUGCUUUUUUGAGUUACAAAGAAUUAUCGUUUUAAUGUCUUUGUUCUGUAAGCAGUCAGAAACUCCCCACAAGAGCUCUGGAUUACCGAAGGAGUGCUGUGUAAUGAAAUCAUGAUUGUAGAAGGUGUAAUAAGAGAAAGAAGUGACCUUUGAAGCAGUUUAACUUGCUUCCUUGCUGAAUGACAUGAAAAAAUAACAAAGUACCACUCCUUUCAGAUAAACAAUCAGCUGUAGCUCUACAGUGACUGGGUUUUAGCCUGUUGGCAGUCAUUUAGCUAAGCUAGCCAAGCAGCUAAGCUAGCCAAGCAACUUUAGCCAAGCUAGCCUAUAGUUAGAUUUAACUUUUUGACAAAGAGGUGACAGGACUUUAGCCUGUUUGCAGUCAUUUAGCUAAGUUAGCCAAGCAGCUAAGCUAGCCAAGCAACUUUAGCCAAGCUAGCCUAUAGUUAGAUUUAACUUUUUGACAAAGAGGUGACAGGGCUUUAGCCUGUUUGCAGUCAUUUAGCUAAGCUAGCCAAGAAACUUUAGCUAAGCUAGCCUAUAGUUAGAUUUAGCUUUUUGACAAAGACAUGAGUAGUAUUUUCUCAUCUAUCACUCUGUAAAGGAUGUUUUUAAGAAGUUUUGUCCGCUAACUGAUAAGCUUUUGUAUCAUUGAUAUUUGCAGGUUAACAGUCUGUCUCAUCGUGUUCUCCUGCUGGAGGAGUCAGUGAAAGGUUUGACAGAGUCCCAGAGACUUCUCCAGGCGGCACUCACUGACCAGACCAUACACGUGGAAACUCGCUUUGUGGACAUAGAGAGCCGCUUCAAUGUCACAGAGCUGGGAGUUGAUGGAGUGGCGGGACUCCCAGGUGGUCUGGAUGGCUUUAAGACCAUACUGGAGGACAAGCUGAAGACCCUGGAGGAGAGAGUAUUUGUUGCAGUGGAGGAGCUGAGUAACGCCACCGCUCCUGCUCUUCUGGAGGGUCAGGUGGUCCCGGCCCUGGAGACAGAGAUUGAGUCUGUGAGGAGGAGACUGGAGGGAGAUGUGGGUGGCAUUCAAAAGAAGUUAAUAGACCUGGAGCUCCUCUGCACCUCUUCCUGCUCGCCUUCCACUCCAUCAGCAGGGGGUGUCAGUGUCCCAGGAGAUGAAGAAGACUGUGAGGAAACUGAGAAGAAGAUGAAGGACAGACUAGACUCCCACUCUAAACAGCUGGCUGGCCUGAACAACACCCUGAAUAACCUGCUUUUCCGUAUUGCUCAAGAGGAGGAAGAGGGAUCUGUGGAGGGAGAGAUCACCCUGCUCAAGAUCAACAUCAACUCUGUGAACCGCACCCUGAAAGGCCUGAAGGACUCUAUCAGCUUCAUUGCCAGUGAAGUGGGCCAUGCUAACUCGACCUGGGAGCAGAGAGAACACCAGCUAGUCAACCAGGUGCAGGGAAUCACCAAACUAGUGGGCCACCAAGCCUCCCUGCUGGGUGCUGGGGAGCGGCGGCUCGCCCAGCUGAAAGCAGAGUUAGUUUCCUUGAAGAGACGGCUGUCUGGAGAGCUGCAGGGCUGCAGAAGUACUGCCAUAGAAGUCCAAAAGGAGGUGAAGGAGGUUGGGGGCAGGGUGAGCCACGUGGAGGGCCAGUGCAGCACGUUGGGAGAACUCGCAGAGCACCUUGAGAGGAUCAGGGCAGAGCUGGAGAGACACUCAGACACCUACCUGGCACAGGUGAACGGCACACUGGCUGUCCAUACAGAACAGCUAGCCGCACUGAAAGGGGAGGUGAAAGACUGUGCAGGCAAGGGAGCAACCAACCAAAAAGGAGACCAGUAG